GCUGCCUGGCGGGAGGAAGCGCCAGAGCGGCGACCGGUCCUGCGCUGAGCCCGGCGUCCCUCCAGCCUGAGCCAGGACGCCGCCAGUCCCGGCCCCGGCUCCGGGCACGCAGCGAGCCAGGGAUGUGAGCGGCGCCUCGCGGCAUGGCAAUCUCAGGGGUGCCCAGAGGGUGCGACAUCCUCAUCAUCUACAGCCCGGAUGCCGAGGAAUGGUGCCAGUAUCUGCAGACCCUGUUCCUGUCCAGUCGGCAAGUCUGCAGCCAGAAGAUACUGACUCACAGGCUGGGCCCCGAGGCCUCCUUCUCGGCAGAGGACCUAAGCCUUUUCCUCAGCACCCGCUGUGUCGUGGUGCUGCUGUCCGCGGAGCUGGUGCAGCACUUCCACCAGCCGGCCUUGCUGCCCCUGCUGCAGAGAGCCUUCCAUCCUCCGCACCGCGUGGUCAGGCUGCUCUGCGGCGUGCGGGACAGCGAGGAGUUCCUAGACUUCUUUCCAGAUUGGGCCCACUGGCAGGAGCUCACCUGUGACGAUGAGCCAGAGACCUACGUGGCAGCUGUGAAAAAAGCCAUUUCCGAAGAUUCUGGCUGUGACUCAGUCACUGACACGGAGCCUGAGGACGAGAAGGUUGUUUCCUACUCGAAGCAGCAGAGCCUGCCGACGGUGACUUCGCCUGGGAACCUGAUGGUGGUGCAGCCGGACCGCAUUCGCUGUGGGGCAGAAACCACUGUCUACGUUAUUGUGAGAUGUAAGUUGGAUGACAGGGUGGUGACGGAAGCAGAGUUUUCUCCUGAGGAUUCUCCCUCUGUAAGGAUGGAAGCCAAGCUGGAGAAUGAGUACACCGUUUCCGUGAAAGCUCCCAACCUUUCAUCUGGGAACGUUUCUCUGAAGAUAUAUUCUGGGGACUUAGUGGUGUGUGAAACUGUUAUCAGCUAUUAUACUGACAUGGAAGAAAUUGGGAAUUUAUUGUCCAAUGCCGCAAAUCCUGUAGAAUUCAUGUGUCAGGCCUUUAAAAUUGUGCCCUACAACACAGAGACCCUUGAUAAACUGCUAACCGAAUCCCUGAAGAACAAUAUCCCUGCAAGCGGACUGCACCUCUUUGGAAUCAACCAGCUGGAAGAAGAAGAUAUGAUGACAAAUCAGAGGGAUGAAGAGCUGCCCACCCUGUUGCAUUUUGCUGCGAAGUAUGGACUGAAGAACCUCACUGCCUUGUUGCUCACCUGCCCAGGAGCCCUGCAGGCAUACAGCGUGGCCAACAAGCAUGGCCACUACCCCAACACCAUGGCCGAGAAACAUGGCUUCAGGGACCUGCGGCAGUUCAUCGACGAGUAUGUGGAAACGGUGGACAUGCUCAAGAGUCACAUUAAAGAGGAACUGAUGCAAGGGGAGGAGGCUGACGCUGUGUACGAGUCCAUGGCCCACCUUUCCACAGACCUGCUCAUGAAAUGCUCGCUCAACCCCGGCUGUGACGAGGAUCUCUAUGAGUCCAUGGCUGCCUUCGUCCCAGCUGCCACUGAAGACCUCUGCAACAGCAUGGGAACGACCAAUCUGGAGAGAGAUCAGUGCCAUCUUGGUCAGGAAGAAGAUGUUUAUCACAUGGUAGAUGAUGAUGAUGCCUUUUCCAUGGACCUGGCCAGCAGGCCCCCUGUCCCAGUGCCCAGACCGGAGACCACUGCCUCUGGUGCUCACCAGCUGCCUGACAACGAACCAUACAUUUGUAAAGUUUUUGCAGAAAAAAGUCAAGAGCGGCCUGGGAAUUUCUACGUUUCCUCAGAGAGCCUCAGGAAAGGGCCGCCUGUCAGACCAUGGAGGGACAGGCCUCAGUCGAGUAUAUAUGACCCUUUUGCGGGGAUGAAAACACCAGGCCAGCGGCAGCUUAUCACCCUCCAGGAGCAGGUGAAGCUGGGCAUUGUCAACGUGGAUGAGGCUGUGCUCCACUUCAAAGAGUGGCAGCUCAACCAGAAGAAACGAUCGGAGUCCUUUCGUUUCCAGCAGGAAAAUCUUAAACGGCUAAGAGACAGCAUCACCCGAAGACAGAGAGAGAAGCAAAAAUCAGGAAAGCAGACAGACUUGGAGAUCACGGUCCCAAUUCGGCACUCACAGCACCUGCCUGUGAAAGUGGAGUUUGGAGUCUAUGAGAGUGGCCCCAGGAAAAGUGUCAUUCCCCCCAGGACGGAGCUGAGACGAGGAGACUGGAAAACAGACAGCACCUCCAGCACAGCAAGUAGCACGAGUAACCGCUCCAGCACCCGGAGCCUCCUCAGUGUGAGCAGCGGGAUGGAAGGGGACAAUGAGGAUAAUGAAGUCCCUGAGGUUACCAGAAGCCGCAGUCCAGGUCCCCCACAAGUGGAUGGGGCACCCACCAUGUCCCUUGAGAGACCCCCCAGGGUGCCUCCGAGAGCUGCCUCACAGAGGCCUCCGACCAGGGAGACCUUACAUCCUCCUCCACCUGUUCCACCCAGAGGACGCUGAUUCCACCUCCUAAAACCUGCCUACUUCAGGACUUUUAAGAUUCACAGUCUUCAGCCUGUUAAUGAUGUCUUCAUGUUGAGUUUUACGGCAUGACUGUUGACCUUAAGAUCAGUCUCGUUGCUGACAAUAUUGCAGCCCUGCUGGUUUGGGCUUGCCUCGAAGACUUUAUUAAGGCAUGAAGAAGUGAAAAACUAAGGGCUUUAUUCACCAUCACCAAGUAUAUUGAACCAUAUACUUAAAAAGGAUGAAGACUUAAUUGAAAUACUUACCUCUAAUUUGCUAUAUCAGAAGCCUAAAAAGAAUGAUCAUAAAUGUACUUUACCAGUGAUUUUACUGAAAUGCACUUAUAUUAGUCUUUAUGUAUUUGCUAGUUCAGCCUCAUUUCUAGAAGAGGUUAUAAUGUAAGAUUUGUAGUAUUCAAGUAAGAAGAUAAGUGACCUAAUUUUAAAAUAAUUCUUCUACUUUUCUGUAUAUUCAGCAGGGUAUUUAAGUGCUAGGGCUGGUCACAUACAACAAAUUGAAAAAGACUAGACAGUGAUUAGUACAAACUCCUCUUAUACAGAAGGCAAGUCUGAGGUUCCACAGAAGUCUGGAACCAAGACUACUCAGUUGGUUAAACAGUUAGUCUAGACUGGGCCUGCUCGUUCUAGGUCACCACAUUUUCUAUCUCCAAAUAGCCAGCUCCUCUCUCCCUCAAGAAAUGCCCAGAUGUAGAAAUUCAUCAGUGCCUACUGGUCUUGCAGAAUUUUCCAUCUUCCAUAUCUCCCAGGGAUAAGACUACCAAAUUUGUUUUCUUUUCAAUUUGGGAAUUUAUACUUCACUAUGGUUUCAACACAGUUAUGUUUCCAGAGAACAUCUAGAAGUGGUUGGAAACCAGAAGCUGGGGAUUCCCAGGACCCCACUUAGUGCUCUGUUUCCUUUAUAGGUUUUAGUUCUGGUCAUAAAGAGAGAGAGGAGGACCUUUGACUUUUUCUUUGUUGUGGGUUCUGAGGAGGAAAAACAAACCUAAAAUAGAAAUACAGUCAACCUUUCAAAUCCAUGGGUUCUGUGUCCGUGGAUUCAACCAACCUUGAAUCAAAAAUAUUUGAAAAACAAUCUACAAAGUUUCAAAAAGCAAAACUUGAAUUUGCUGCAUGCCAAGAACUAUGUUGAAUUCAUGUAAAUGAAGUGAUGUGUAGGCAUUGUAUUAGAUAUUGUAAGAAAUCUAGAAAUGAUUUAAAGCAUACAGGAGGAUGUGUGUAGGUUAUAUGCAAAUACUAUGCCAUUUUAUAUAUGGGACUUGAGCAUUUGUGGAUUUUGAUAUUGGGGGAUCCUGGAACCAAUCUCCAUGGAUACCAAAGUACCACUGUAGUUAUCUAUUUUUUACAUACUUAUUAUUACCAUCAUGCUUGGUAAAUCCAUUUUUGCAUAGAAUGUGGAGCCUUAACAUAUAUCAUGAAUUUGGAGUCCCUGGCACAUACAUCUACCUUCAAAUCAGAGGUCCUUAAUGAUGCCUAAACAUACAGUAAAAUUAGAAUCAGAACUAUUCCUUUAAAAAAUAUUCGAAAUGUGUUUGUUUCCCAUGGGGUUAUUCUCUAUCCCACACAAAAUUUAAAAAUCCACAUUAAUGAUCCAUUUAAGUACAGUUUUAUUAGGUCCUUUUCUAAUGAUUAAAGGUUCUUUCUCAAUUUCAUUCCUCAGUCCUGCAAAUAAGGACUCUUACUGAAGAGUACUGAAACAAGGACUCUUAACAGCUUCUGGAGUCUUGGGUUUUGUUUUUGUUUUUUGACAUAAAAUACACUAUUGGCCAUGUCCAUCACGAGAGUGUUUAUAGUAAUUAAUUAUACUAUAAUUGCACAGGGCCUGGCACUUAGUAGCAUUCUGCAAAUGUUCCCUCAGUGGUCCUUUUACUCUCCUUGUCACUUAUUUUGGAGAAAGAGAGGCACGUGAGAUAAGAAGAAGAAGAAUUUUGAUGUUGGUAUGCUUGCCCUUACUGUUACUUAUAGACAGGCUCCAUCGUAGGCAAAUUUGAAUUUGAUUAAAGUGAUAUUUUAAAAAUAGGGCUGGGAAAAAUAUUCAGUAACUGUAAGCCCCCUUUUGGAUGCCAAAUUUAGAAUUUUGUACAUUCUCUUAUGAACAAGCAUUUAGAUUGUAACAUGGUAAAGCCUAUUACCAGCCAAUGUUGUUAGCAUCUUUGUAUGCACAUCACUGUUUGUGCAAUAUAUGAAUAUUUUGUUGCAUUGUAUUCUUAUAUAAAAAUAAGUAGAAAACAUAAAAUUGAAAUUGCUGAUGAGAA